CAUGUUCGGCUCUUUUCCACUUGCAUUCAAUAAACCCCGGCCCCCUCCCUUUCUGAUCCCUUGCAAAGUCAGUAAACUUAUUUUUUAGCAGGCCGGCUGAUUUUCAGCAUCACCAUAUAUUUUCUACUUCCUAGUUAAACAUGGAAGGUCCUCCAGCUUAUUUUCAUGGUAAUAGCACAGACAGGAUCAAAGUUGGAACAAAUAAUCAACCUUUGGAAACUACAAAUAAAAACAUUUUUGAGGGUGGUAGUAGGUCUUCUGGCUAUGAGAUCAGCAAGGUGAAGUCAGGCAAGAAAAGAGACAAGGAGAGUAGAAUGCACCGGUAUGCGUUUCAAACAAGGAGCCAGGUUGAUAUACUUGAUGAUGGGUACCGUUGGAGGAAAUAUGGGCAAAAGGCAGUAAAGAACAGUAAAUUCCCGAGAAGUUACUACAGGUGUACGCAUAAAGGGUGCAAUGUUAAAAAGCAAAUUCAACGCCUUUCAAAAGAUGAAGAGAUUGUGGUAACGACCUAUGAAGGGAUGCACAUACAUCCAUUGGAGAAUAAUGCGGCCCAUAGCUUCGAGCAGAUCUUUAGACAGAUACAGACAUAUGCUCCUCCAUGAAGUAUAUAUCCUGUCAUUUCAUAAACCAUUGCAGCGUGUACUGAUGUGUUCAAUCAUAUGCACAGUAUGAGAUAUGAGAUGAGAGAAUGCAGGAAAACCAUCUUAUUUGUACACUAUAAGAAAUUGAAGGCAAAUUAGUUCAACUCUUUUGCAUAUGUUAAAUAAAAGUUAAAUCGAAUUAUCUCAA